AAAUAAAUAUUGUCGACCCUGGCACUUGAUAAGGCCAUUUGUUAUUCACUUUACACGUUGUCUGAUAUAGCGUCCAUGUUAGCUACACUAUGUGGGUGACUUUAGCCAUUGUCUGUGUGUUGGUCUGUCUGUUGUGGAGUCUGACCGGACGACGGAAGGGACUUCCACCAGGUCCGACAUGUUAUCCAAUCAUUGGCAAUGUCGGACUCAUCCGACCCUCAGAGGCCGUGAAGGAUCACAGGCGACUCAGGAAGAUUUACGGAGACUUUUAUUCCUUGAUGAUCUUCCACAGACCUGUCAUUUUUAUCCACGGUCUCCACAACAUCCGGGAACUUCUGGUUAAACACGGGGAUGUGUUUUCAGACAGACCCAGGGUGUUUCCGUCGGAAGUCCUCGCCAAAAGAAAAGGUUUGGCCUGGUCGUCUGGAUCUUGGUGGAAGGAACAGAGGACAUUUGCUCUCAUAACGAUGAGGAAAUUCGGAUUUGGAAGACGAUGCCUCCAAAGCCAAGUGAUGGAAGAAGUGGACUGUUUGAUGGAAGAGUUUGAGAAAUACGAAGGGCGACCGUUUGACAUCCAAGAACAGCUGAAAAUUAGCAUAUCCAAUGUGAUAUGUUCCCUUCUCUUUGGCAAAAGAUUCGACUAUGAAGACGCAAAAUUCAAGCAGCUGUUGAGCAUGUUUAAAUCAAUACUGAAAGCUUUGAACCUCUCAGCCCCGGCAUUCUUUUUUCCUCAACUGACCCGUUUUACAGGUUUCAACAAAGCACUUCCUGUUAUCAAAGCUCUGACUGAUUUUGUUGGUGAAAUUGUCGAGGAACACAGACAAAACUUUGAUGAGAACAACAUAAAUGAUUAUAUCGAUGCUUACCUCGCAGAACAGAAACGCAGGACUGGUGAAAUAAACACCACAUUUACAGAUGAGCAACUCGCUGGUUCCGUACGAGACUUUUUCACAGCUGGGACACAACCGACGUCUUUAACAUUGACCUGGGUCCUUCUAUAUUUGACGAACUACCCCGAGAUGCAGAGGAAACUCCAGAAGGACAUCGACAGUGUCAUAGGUCAAGGUCAACCGAACAUGGAGCAUAAAGAACAAUUACCAAUAGUGGAGGCGUUUAUACUAGAGGUCCAGCGAGUGGCGAACAUUGUUCCCCUGAACCUUCCGCACACAACAAGCGAGGAUUUUUGGUUCCAAGGUUAUCUCUUUCCAAAGGGAGCAGUCAUGUUUUUCUUGUUAGACUCGGUGCUGUCUGAUCCGACUAUUUUCCCAGAGCCUUCCAAAUUCAAACCAGAAAGAUUUUUGGACGAGAACGGAAAAUGUUCUACAGAACAGAAAGACAAAGUCAUUGCUUUCUCAACAGGUCGCCGGAUGUGUCUGGGAGAGCCGCUCGCCAAAAUGGAGCUCUUUCUUUUCUUGACAAGACUCUUGCAGAGGUUCGACAUCAAACCAGAAAACCCGGACUGUUUACCAUCACUGGAGGGCACACUUGGUUUCGCCAACGAACCAAAAGCCUUUAAUGUGAGGCUUAUUAAACGUUGAGACAUGCUUCUCUAAAUGAAUACUUAGAGAUAUACAGAACAAUUCCCAAAAGCCUCAGCAUGUUCAGAUGAAGAGCGUUUCAUUGCACAGUGGUGAAAUGACUAAAAUAAUGCUUGUAUCAGUGUUAAACAAAAGCACUCAGCCUAGGAAAUAUAGAAAAUUGUGUAUUGUAUAUUCAUGUAUAUAAGAUUUUUUAAGACUUAUGGUAUUUAUUCGUAUAUUUGAACGUCACAUUAUUAUUGUUAAAUGUUCUAUUAUUCUGAUUAAAAUAUUGGUGGAACUAGAUUGUAGAAAUACCGGUUAUCUACCAUCAAUAUUCACGUAAU